CUUGACAACAACCACCACCUCUCUAUCGUUGAACCAGGCCCUUGAAGGAAGUAAAAGGCGGACACACAAAUCUUAUGGACAUUUAUCUUCGGCUUUUUUUGACAUGUAUCUUUCCAGUGUUACUAGAAAGCCAAAUGUAUCGGUUUGAACCUGUUUCUUCACAGGUUGGUUUGUUUAUAACGGUGACACGGGGCUAACGUUAGUUGGCUAAACGUUAGCUUGCUAAUCAAACAAAUAAGACUGAUUUACAGACAGCAAACACAUUUGAUAUUGUUCAAGAUGAGCGAACAGCUGAAGUUUAUCGUUGAACAACUCAACAAGGACCCAUUCAAGAAGAACUUCAACCUCAUCACAUUUGACUCUCUCGAACCGAUGCAGCUACUGCAGAUUUUAAACGAUGUCCUGGCUGAAAUAGAUCCAAAGCAAGCCAUGGAUAUCCGUGAGGAAAUGCCCGAACAAACAAUAAAGAGAAUGUGUUCGUUGCUAGGGAUGCUAAAAUACAAACCUCCGGGCAACCCCUCUGAUGUGAGCAGUUUUAGACAAGGUUUGGUGACUGGAAGUAAGCCUGUGGUUCACCCUAUCCUCUACUGGCUUCUACAGAGGGUUCCCGAACUGAAGAAAAGAGCAUAUUUGGCUCGGUUUUUAGUCAAACUUGAUGUCCCGGCAGAGUUUUUGCAGGAUGAUGUUAUCAACGACACCUAUCACCAGUAUGAAGAGCUGGUGGAAGGGUUUAAGACGUAUCACAAGGAGUGUGAACAGCUGAGGUCUUCAGGUUUCUCCACUGCAGAAAUUAGAAGGGACAUUGGAUCGAUGGAGGAGGAGAAAGACCAACUGAUCAAACGUGUGGAGAGACUGAAGAAGAGGGUGGAGUCGGUGUCCAACCAUCAAAGGAUGCUGGAACAGGCCAGCCAGCUGCGAGUGGAGAAGGAGAGGGAAGAGUCACUGACUCAUCAGAAACAAGAACAGAAGAACCAACUGUUCCAGGCAGAGCAGAGACUGCAGAGAUCCCAGCAGCAGUUGAAGGAUUUGCGUCAGGCUGCAGCAGAUGCCAAUCCAGAGAGCUUAAUGAAGAGACUUGAAGAGGAGAUCAAAAUCAACUCCUACAUGGUCACAGAGAAACUCCCUAAAGACCUUCAGGGUAUGAGGCAUACAGUCCAGUUCCUGCAGAAAGUAGCAUCAGAGCCGGCCAUGGGCCAGGCUGACAUCCAGGAGCUAGAAGACCAGAUUAAAGGAGUUGAUUCGCAGAUAAACCAUCUGAUUGAAAAGAGGAUGAUGAGAAACGACCCCAUGGAUGACAAACUGGCCCUGUACAGGCAGCAGGCCUCCAUCAUCAUUCGAAGGAAGGAGUCAAAGGCAGAGGAGCUAAGGGACGCAAGAGAGGAGCUGGCUGCAGCAGAGAGGGAUCUUAGGCAGAGGAACAGCCAGGCACAAGCCACAGAUGAAGGAGAGAUUGUCCGGGGUGAUGAGUUGAAACGUUUGGUGAUGAAAUUGCGCAGCAAGGGAACAGUGUACAAGAAGAAACGUCAGGAAAUGGCUGAGCUGAAAGCAGAAUACGGGGUCCUGCAGCGUACAGAGGAGAUUCUCAAGCAGAGACACGAGAUCGUCCAACAGAAACUGCAAACUCUGGAAGCUGAAAAGGGAAUAUCUGGUUACAGCAAUACUCAGGAGGAACUAGAGAGGGUGUCAGCCAUAAAGAGUGAACUGGAUGAGAGGAAAGGCCGCACACUGGAUGACAUGUCUGAAAUGGUGAAAAAAUUAAACUCUAUGAUAGUGGAGAAGAAAUCAGCGCUGGCACCAAUUAUCAAAGAACUGAGGUCACUGAGACAGCAGUGUCAGGAACUAAGCCCAGAAUACGAGGAGAAAAAAGUUCAAUAUGAGAGCUGUACUGCUGGUUUGGAGAGCAACAGAUCAAAGUUGGAGCAGGAAGUGAAAUCAUUAAGAGAGGAGACAGCGAAGGAUGAAAACAGAUAUCAUUAUAUUAACUCCAUGUCAGAGAUCGUUGAGAUGCAAUUGCAGCGGGCAGCUGAAGAGAUGAAGGCUUAUGUGUCCUCUGAUCCACAAGAGAAGAAAAAAGCUAUCAGGGAAGUUUACUUAAAGAACAUUUCAGACCAGGAGUUACUUGGAAAGAAGUUACGUGAGACACAGAAGAUGGUCAGGGAGAGCCAUGCUGCUGAGAUGGAGCAGGUGAAGAUGUGGCGUGACUUGGAGCAGCUGAUGGAGUGUAAGAGGCAGUGCUUCAUAAGAGCUCAGAGCCAGGCAUCUAUUGGUCAGGUCAUCCAAGAGGGAGGAGAGGAUAGGCUGGUGCUGUGAGGUCACGUCUAGGCACAGUCAACUACAAGUCACCAACUGAACUUACACCAUAGAGUUCAAUUUUGGUUCUUCAUGUGACAUGACUGAAUGUAAAGUCACUUGUAAGUGGACACUCUUGUUCUUUCAAAGAAAAAGUGUAAUGUCUGCUAAGGUUUGUUUCCUGAUUCAUAUUUCCCUGCAUUUUGUCUCUAGCUCAGUGCUGUUAAGUUUCACUAUUAAACAGUUACUCUUGUAUGAGUCACACCGUAGUAUCUUCUUCAUAUGCCAACGUAAUUGGCAGAGCCAAAGAGCACACCAAAAAAAUAUGUUAAUAUUCUUUAGCUGAAUGUUAGUACAAAAUGUAUAGCUCAACUUUUCUCUGUAUAAAAAAGAAUAGGGUUUACAAAUGGCCUGGCGGUUAGCCUGGUCCCAUGUGCACAGGUUACCCCAGGUUCUGGUCCGGCCUGUGGCCACAUGUCCAGCCCAACUCUCUCAUCCAUCCAUCUCUCAAAAAGGAGGCAGCCAAGAAAUAUAUCUUUAAAAAAAAAAAAAGGACUGAUAGAUGGAUUUCACAAUACCAGAAUUAUAAAUCUUAAUAUGAUUCUAGGAAAAAAUCGGAUGACAUUGAAACCCCUUUGAUGGAAGAGCAACAAACAUAGAAGUUCUGGACAACCUAUUCUUUUUUUUUUUUUCUUCUUAAUUAUCAGAAAUUGCAGAAUUACUUGUCUAAAUGAUACGAAGUUGUCAAAAUGUUCUAGUCUCUUAAACACCAAGUGUUUCAAACUGAUAAAAUUUCUGAUCGUAAUGAUCAGAGGUUUUAAAAAGUAGAGACUUAAAGAUCAUCAGUCUUGUUUUUAAAAGAAAAGAAAGAGAAAUGUCUACAUUCCGUAAAUAAUGUGGCAGCUGGUAGAGACCCUCAGUCCCUCAACUGGUGCCACCUAUUUUUCUAAAUGUUUCAAGCUUAUUUGUAUAAUUUAGAGAGUGUAGAAGUUUGCCUGCAAUUUUUGAUAAUUUAAAUCAAUAAAGCACCCACCAUUGGCUGUUCAUGAUGUUUGUUUCUGUUGCAGUAUCAUCUUAAAGGUACCCAUCUAAUUUGGUCUGUUUGUUAUAUAAAAGCUGCUUAAAUAGAUAAAUAAAUAAAUAAGGGAAGUGGUAAUUCCCCAAUUAGAAUAAAAAUUUCAAAUGGACUAACUUGUGGUCAAUAAGAAUAUUAUUGUUUUAAGUUCUUACUGUAAACUAUCUUUUUACAGAGCUUUAGGCCUGGCCUUUUUUUUAAGCAUCAUAAACUGCAUCAAUAUAAAUGAUACUGUCUCAUCCAUUAGUUCGUUUGAGAGUACAUAGGCAUAUCUUAAAAAACUUGAUAUCUUUCCAAGCCCCAGUAAAAGAUUGUUUUAAAAAUCCACAACUUCAAGAACUCAGUGCCAGAAGUGUUGCAAGACACAAGUUUUCGCUUUCUGUUGCCCCUGGAGACUCUAUUUUGACACAUCUUUGAGAAUACACAUUCAUUCACAGUGUUCAAAGAUAACAGCAUACAAAGUGGUGCACUUAGGCCGUGGCCACUGUCACCUAUUAUUGGCAACAACUGCCAUGACCUUGGUAAUGUGUCCAGGCAAUUUGGGAAUUCACAGGAACCCCCCCUUGGCUUUGAACUGUGCGUAUAAAAUAAUGUCCAUAAUAAGACUGUUUAUAUUUUAUAUCAUAGAAUAUUUUACUAUUAUAGAUCCUUAU